ACGCACUCUUCCGACCUGUCCUUGAAGCUACAACACAGGCAAGAUGGUCGCGUACUGGAGACAAGCAGGCCUCAGCUACAUCCGCUUCUCCGCCAUCUGCGCCAGCGCGGUGCGCGCGGCGCUCAAGCCGCAGUUCAAAGCGGAGGCGCUGAAGGCCGCAGAGGCCAAUGUCAAAGUGCUCAAACCCAAAACUGCGUGAGGUGACACCAUGAUGUAGAUACAUUUUCCCGUGGUUGUGACGUCCCAUCAUCGUCCUGUCCUGCUCGACACGAAGAAGGAAAAAAACAUGGAUAACAUCGAGAUGAUCUGUUAAGAGACUGGGGACCUGAAUGAAACUACAUUUUUCCUUUAUUUGUAAUUAAAUUGUAUUCAAGAUGGA